AUGUUAAGUACGUCUUUAAUCGUUCGAAAAUGGAAACCCAAGAAUGCUAUUCUUAUGACAGCCAAUGUCUUUAUCUUUCCUGAAUAUUCUUACAGGGCUAUUGUAUUAAGCACACCCAGAAACAAACUACUAAAGCUUUAUAGAGAGCUUGGGAUAAGUAUUUUCCGGGAGUAUAUGCUUGUGAAAGUUAUUAGCGAAUUAACUUGUGCGGGUAUACAUUGGUGUGAUAUCGCUGUAAAAACAGCAAUUAUUAGAUAUGAAUAUAGGCGAAAAUUGCUCUACGUGUUAUUCAACUUUUCAAGCCAUCCUAGUCUUAUUAAAGGUUUGCUUGGCUUGUAUACGAAGGGUAUAAAAAUUUGGGAUCCUACACUGCACAGACAAUUUUUCCUUGUAUCUAUUGACCGACACAAUAAUCUAAUUGCGGUUGAAUUUUGUCAGUCACGUGUGGGAAAUCUAAGAAUGUCAAAUCAAAAGGUUUAUGAUGCUUUUUGUAAUUGA